UGGAUUACCAGAAUCUUCAAGGAGACCGACCCAUCAACUGGAAAGCUGGAAUCCUCGACGAAUAUGAGCGAUUUUUGGCACAAGCUGGGGUGCUGCGUGGUAGAGAAACCACAGCCGAAGAAGAAGAGGCGGCGGAUCGACCGCAGCAUGAUAGGGGAGCCGAUGAAUUUUGUUCACCUGACGCACAUCGGGUCUGGAGACAUGGCGAAUGAGGGACUGCCCAUGACGGGGGCCGUCCAGGAAAUGAGAUCCAAAUGUGGCCGAGAGCGACAGUGGAGUAACUCCCGCGGCUUGUAGCGGCUUCCUGCCUCCUUCUCCA